AUGUCAUCAUUAAUUACAUCGUGUUUUGAUGCAACAGGAAGACAUGUUGCAUAUAUUGUUCAGACAUUGGACACUGAGACCUUGAAGGUCCAAUCCAUUGGAGGAGAGGAAUCUGACCAUACAGUAACAGUUCAUCCAUUUGACAAAAAGAAGAAUCCUAGGGUAAAAUCAUUAUUAUGGCUAUCAUCAGAUACUUUAGGAGUGAUUUUUAGGGGUUCCAAUAAAUUCAUACUAUUGAACAUCCUCAGUAAUGAGGUGACAAGUACCCUAAAGACAGACCAACUCAUAUCCAGUCUCACAGUCAGCAAAUCUAGCCACGGAAAGAUAUAUGUGGUUGAUUCCAAUAGCGACCUAUUAGAGUAUCAAUUAGAAGCCGAUUUUAGUGGGUGGAAACUUGACAAAUCUUACAGACUUGAUGAUGUUGAGUUACGGACGGUGCACCGACUACUGGAUCUAAAUGAGAGAUAUCUAUUUCUAUUCUCAAACUCGGUUUAUUUGUUUGAUAAGAAGGAGGGUAAGGUGACUGACUUUAAAAAUUUAUAUGUGAGUCCGAUCAACUGUGCAGUGGAGUGUGUUUCGAACAAUUCAGUGAUUGUGUCUGCUGAUAACGAUAGGUUCAUUAACUUGAUAAGUGUUUCCGAAGAUGGCAAGAUUGUCAUUGGAGAACAGAUAUUAGUUGCAGAAGGUCCUGUCAUUGAAGUGACUCAUUACCAGAUUGAGGAAUUCAACUUGGAACUGGUAGUUGCUUUAACUGAGGGAAGAAUUCUCGAGAUAUUUAAUGAUCCAUUUACAAAGAGAGCUCAGAGUAACACAAGUGACAAGAAGAAAAGGAGGAAAGGGCCCGCUGUCCAGUCUCAAAGAUCUGAUUGUAAGGUGGAACUAGCUCGAAAGGGUACCAACGAGUCUAUGUCAAUUGAGGAUAUCACUAUAGAUCCCAGAUAUCUGACUAUAGUUUGGAUGGAAGACUCCAGUUAUCUCGCAUUCGAUCGUAUUGAAUGGUGGCAGCACCCGAAUGAUGGAGAAUAUAGAUAUCGGAUUGUGAGAGAUACCAAGUUAAUAAAGGAUAGACCAAUGGUGAACCUCGGUCAGAACAAGGACAAACAUGGUGAUGAUCGUGCCAGUGCCAAGCAUUACAAAGAGAGUAACGCUAUUGUUUCGUCCGGAGACAAUUUUAGAGAUUUGGAAACAAACUCAGAAAAUCGUGAGGAAGAGGAACUGGAGGAUGAAGACUUUGGUCACUUGGCUGAAAAGUUUAAUAUAGAUAACAAGAAAAGGAGCACUAAUGGGAAGAAGGGAAAAUUACAGGUUGGAUCAUUGACUGUUGUUUUAUCGCAGGCAUUGAAAUCGAAUGAUCACGGAUUGUUUGAAAGUGUGUUGAACAAUAACCGAGAUGAGAAUGUUAUUAGGAACACUGUGGCCAGAUUGGAUACUACGUAUGUUUUGGCUUUAUUGGACAGACUCAGCGAGAGGUUAGGCAGGGGUAAAGGAGCAAGAAAUAGACAAAUACAGCAACAGCUUGACACUUGGGUAAAGUACAUACUGAUCUAUCAUGGAUCGUAUUUGAUUAGUUUACCUAACUUGGCAGCCGAUUUGAAUUUACUUUCGAAUAGUUUGAGGAUUCGAGCUCGCAAUCUAAACAGAUUAUUGGAUCUUCGAGCCAAAAUUGGAUUGGUGACAGAUCGAAUGGAGAUGAAGCGCGAGUUAGGCAAACAGUUGGUUGUUGAUAGAUCGGAAGAAGUCGACGGAGAGGAAGAAAAUGUGGAGUACAAUGAGGAAGUUGAUGAUGCCGGCUUAGAGGAGGACGAUGUUGAUGAUGAUGAUGACUACGGAGGAAGUAAUGAUAAUGAGAUGGAUGUUGAUUCGAAUGAAGUAUACGUUGGGGGUGAGCAGGGAUCUGAUGACGAACAGUACAGUGAUGUAGAAGGUGAUGCAUCAUGA